AGCUUACCCAGUCCUUUCGCUUUUGACCCUCCAUAUCGACCGUAUCCACAUGGGUACUCCUGGCACUACUCUGAAAGACUAGAGGUAGAAGGAGAGAAUGGAGUCAUCAAUCCACAUGUCAUCGCAAACACAUAUCAGUUCUGCGACCAUGCCCAAGAAAAUAGGAUACUUUACGGGGAGCUUGCAGCGUUGUUGGAUUGCAUGAAGCGUCGUGCGAACCAAAGAAAGGUUGAGGAUCCAGAAGAACAAGAAAAGCUGUUCUGGAGAACGCUUGAUGAUGGAACCAGGAUGGAAUUGCCUGAAAUCGAUGUUACCAAGUACGAGUAUCAGUUCCCAGCUGAGAAACAUUUUCCUGUUCUCCUUCUAUCAUAUGUGAGACCCAAGCAUGCAAGAAUCUUAUAUGCAUGCAUGGGUGGUCCGCAGAUUACAAUUCGCCAGUCAAAGCUCUAUUCAUUCGAGACAAGAGCGAUUGCGCCCGUGAAUCUCUUUGCUCGAUAUCUUUUGAGCACUGCUCUGAUGACUGACUGAUAAAAUACUCUACCCGACUCCCAGCGGAAAGGGUUGGCUUGUCUCUUACUUGCUGAUACUCCAUUCCUUGAUUUCCUGGGACCCGGGUUGGGAAGUUGACUUUCUUUUCUGAACCUUUCAAGACCUGCUCGAUUAAUGGGUGUCUGGCUUUUCUAGAAGGCAGGGUACCAGUCCGCCAGCGAGGGUAUUGAGCCUCACCUUGGAGUGGGGCAGCCACUCGUUGGAGAAGAUAUAAAAAGCUCAACUAUGUGGUUAUCAUUUUCCAAAAUUCAAUAUCUUCUUCAAUGGUUCUUAAGCCCUCCUCUUUUGAGAGGCCCCGAU